GAUCGAUCAAGAAGGCGAUCGAUCGAGGAUGAACCGCAACAGGAAGGGACAGAAGCUGGACCUGAAGCUGAACCUCGCGCUGAUACCAAGUAGAGUGACCGACGAAGCCUCCCCCCAUGGCUGCCUCUCGUCCCCAUCAGCCAGCUCUUGUCUUUCGGCGGAGCCCGAUCUGGGUCUGCGUUCGCCGAUGAGUCCCGAGGCGACGACGUCGUCGAUGGUGCUUGCCGGCUGCCCGAGGUGCCUCAUGUACGUCAUGUUGUCGGAGGAUGACAAGAAGUGCCCCAAGUGUGCUAGCACCGUCCUUCUCGACUUCUUCCAUGCUAGUGCCGGAGGCGCCGGCGCCGCCGGACGCAGCAAGCACGUCGACAAGAAGACCCGGAUGAGCUGACUAAUUCUUCUUCUUUUA